AUGGUGACUAUGAAACUAACAUAUCAAGAAUGGAAUCGUUAUUCUGUGUGUCCAAACGCCAGCACCAAAUUGAAUAUUCUCCAAAAUGAGCAAAGGUUAUGGCAACUAAAUGGGUAUGGUUAUGUUCAUUCAGUAGCUACAUUAACAUAUUUAAACAUCACACCUGAUGGACCAUAUGUAGACCCAUUAUACCUGGGAGCCUUCUUCCAUAAUACCUACAAACAAUCCAUUAGUCGCAUGAAUGAGAUGAACAUGUGGCAUUCUACAAACUUUUUACCUCCAUUGCCUCCAUUAAAAAGGAGAAUACUAGGCAGGCCAACCAUGAAAGGAAUAAGGGAUGCUUCUGAAAGGUCAAGAAAACACAUGGUUUCAAAGGAAGGGAAAAAUGUUUCUUGUGGCAUAUGCAAAAAGGAAGGGCACAACAAGACCACAUGCACUCAAGUGCCAACGCCACCUAAAACUAAUGUCACAAAGAAACAAAAGAUCAUGCAAACACAAGAGUCAGUGAAUAUGCAAGGGGGUGGAGAAGAUGUUGUUAUGGGUGAUGCAGUUGAGCCACAAGCUGAGGAAGUUAUGAGGGUAAACGAAUCUGAGCAAGUGGUGAGGGUUAAUGAAGAUGAGAAACUGGGUAGGAUUAAUCAAGUUGUUGGGCAUGUGUAUACUACAGGUCAACCAAGCAAGAGGAAAAAGUCUGAGAGAAAUCUUAAACUAAAUCUUUCUAAAGGAGUUGAAGGUGAAGUUAGUAGUGUUAGAUCGCCAAUGGAGUUAGAUUAA